AUGUUGGAAAAUUUAAAGUUCUGCAGACCAUUAAGUUUUAAAAUCAUUCAUAGUCUAGAAAAAAGGUUUAACUAUUUAUUUGAUUUAUCGUUGCCUAAGAGUAGAUGUUUCAUUCUAGCCUCGAUUAGUCAUCCUAAAUUUAAAUUAAGUUGGAUACCACCUCGUUAUAUGGAAACAUGCAAAAAACAAUUUUUGGACGAAUGUUAUCAAAUGUAUUCUAUUCAAAAACCAACUGAAGCAAUUUCUGAAAGCGAUAGUGAUUUGAGUGAUGGCGAAUUUUACUCAUGUUUACAAGAAAAUAAUGACGACUCCACAUCUUUCUCCGAUGGACCACUAGAUCAAAAUAAUUUUAGAUCUACUAAUGUUUCCCGUGUCCAAGCAUUGAAUUUUUUAAAUUCUAAAAAAAAAGACCUCUGUAUGUUGGAAAACCAUCCUAUUGUAAAACAAGUUUUUCUUAAAUUCAACACUACUAUUCCAUCAUCAGCCCCUGUGGAAAGACUGUUCAGUGGACCCAUUCAAGUUUUAACUCCUAGAAGAAAUCGUCUUAGUGACAAGACAUUUGAAAUACUACUAUGCUCCAAAUCAAAUAAGAACAAGUAA